CGUGACUCCUGAACACUCUCCUCGGGAUUUGCCGAUUAUUAUUCGAUCCAACGUUUCAGAGAGUCGCUCCUUGGUAUCCUAGGUUCCUUCGCUUUCGCUCUCCGCUCGCUUUCGUCCAUCUCCCCAUCCGGGCGAAGGAGCUCCGGAAACUGGAGGAGCGUCUCUCAAAGGACUGCGCUGAUAACGAGCUCCGAUCGGCGAUUGAUAAGGAUUGCUUAGCACUAUUAGCCGAUCAGCCAUUGAUUCUCGGACCUGUAGUAUCAGUGAAGGGGAAGCGGCGAGCGUGUUUGGCGCGCGUCAGUCCUUACGGUCCUUACAAUACGUACAGUCAUCACGUCGUAGUGUAUUGCAAGAAUCCGCGCAUAUCCGCGUCCUGGUUUUCUAGACUUCGAUUCUGUUCGGCCUUGGGCUUGCCAGCAGAGAGGCGUCGCCAUGGCGCUCUCGCUGCGCCAGAAGCAGAUAGACACCAUCAUUCGCAUGCUCAAUCUCAACAGCCCCGUUACAGUCACGAUGGGCGGCCCUUCCACGUCAGACGGUGACGUGUACAAAGUGCUGCUGCUGGAUAAAUACUCCCGAGACCUCAUCUCGCCGCUGCUUAAGGUGUCCGAUCUGCGAAAGCAUGGCAUCACCCUGCACCUGAUGGUCGACGCCGACCGCCAGCCCAUUCCUGAUGUGCCAGCUGUCUAUUUCGUACAAGCCACCCCGGGCAAUAUCCAGCGGGUCAUCCAGGACGCCACCCGCGGCACGUACGACAAGAUGCACCUCAACUUCACCGCCUCCGUGCCGCGCCUGCUCCUGGAGGACCUGGCUGCGGGCACUCUUAAAGCCAACGCUCUGCACCGCGUGGCGCGGGUCUUUGACCAGUACUCCGAGUUUGUGUGUCUUGACCACGGGUUGUUUUCGCUCGGGCAGCCCGAGAGUUAUGUGCGGUUGAACGACCCAAUGGCAAAGGAUAAGGACGUGGAGGGGGCGGUGGAGAGUAUUGUUAACGGGCUGUUCUGCGUGCUGGUGACGCUGGGGGUGGUGCCGGUGAUUCGGUGCCCCGAGAGAGGGCCGGCUGAGAUGGUGGCCAGGCAGCUGGACGCCAAGCUAAGGGCGCACCUCGCCACGCAUAACAACCUCUUCAAGGAAGCAGCGGCUGGGGCGCUAGCAGCAGGAGCAGCAGCGGUGGCGUCGGGGGGAGGGGGAGCGGGGGGUGGAGCAGGGGGAGGGGGGGUGGGGGGGGCUCUGGGGCUGUUCCAGCGGCCGUUGCUAUUCAUAGCGGAUAGGAACUUCGAGCUGGCGGUGGGGGUGCAGCACGAGUGGACGUACCGGCCGUUGGUGCACGACGUGCUGGGGAUGAAGCUCAACCGAGUGAGCAUCCACAAGGGAGGCGCUGGGGGAGGAGCGGGGGCCGGGAGCGGGCCGCUGUCUCCGGUGCUGAAGGGCGCUGGUGGGGGCGGUGCUGGCAAGGCGACUAGUUAUGAGCUUGAUGAUUCGGAUAGCUUCUGGGUGGCGCAUUCAGAGUCGCCGUUUCCUAAGGCGGCAGAGGCGGUCGACAUGUUACUCAAGAAGUGGACCCAAGACAAAGAACAGGUCAACGCAGCCUCCCCCACAGGCGAUGCAUUCUCCGAGGCAGAGGACGAGGACCUGAUGGGGCGCACCAAGCAGCUGUCGGCCGCCAUGAGCGCGGUGCCACAGCUGAUGGAGCGCAAGCGCGUCAUCGACAAGCACGUCACCAUCGGCGGCACACUCCUGGAGGAGAUCAAGUCGCGUGCGCUCGACGCCUACUUCUCCAUGGAGGAAGACCUGCUCACCCGGGGCAGCACCGACCGGGCGGCGAUGCUCGACUUACUCCGGAAGCGGGGGUCCAGGGAGGAUAAGCUACGCCUGGCGAUUAUCUACCUGAUGGCGACGGACAAUGCGAGUGCGGGGGAUGUGGAGGCGGUUGAAGCGGCGCUGAGGGAGCAGGGGGUGGAUCUAGCCGCUCUGCAUUAUAUCAAGCAGGACGAUCUGCUGGAUUGGGCCGGCCGGCUGGCUGGGCAGAGUUUGUCCCGCGUGACCGCAGGUGUAAAGAAUCUUUUGGCUGGGGGCAGGCAGCUGCAGCUGACCCGGGCAGUUGAAGCUCUGAUGGAAGGGCGCCCCGGGCAGGAUACAGAUUCCUUUCUCUGCCUGGACCCCAAGGCCCCCAAGGGGGGCAGCAGCAGCACGGCAGCAGGGGGCAGCAGAGGGGCAGUGAGGGACGCGAUAGUGUUCGUGAUUGGGGGAGGGAACUAUAUGGAGUACGGGGGGUUGCAGGAGAUGGCGAGGAAAGCAGGGGCCGGGGGCGGGGCGGCGGGGGUGCGCACGGUGGUGUAUGGGACGACUGAGAUGCUGGCAGGGAGCCAGUUUGUGGAGCAGCUCUCAGAGCUGGGCAGGAAGAUGGGGUACAAGCCCCCUCCGCCCCCCGCUGAGGCCGUGGGUGGGGCGGGGGCUGGUGCCGGGCAAAGGUAGCUUGGUGCUGCUGGCCCGUUUUCGUUCCUCCUGUAGGUAGCUUGCUUUUGCUGACGGGCAGCCGGCUUUGGGGCAGCUGUGAGAGUUGGGUAGGGCGAUGGGGUACAAGCCGACCCCCUCCCAUCCCCCCCCCCCUUGAGGCUGUGGGUGGGGUGGGGGCUGCUGCAGAGCCAGAGGUAGCAGUGCAAAAUCGGCCGUGGGUGGGGUGGGGGCUGAUUGUCCUCUCCUGUAGCUCGCAGAAACGGCUUCUGUUAUUUGCCGGAAGACGGCGAGGUGGGUUAAGGCAGGUCCUCCCAUACGUGAUGUGGUAUUUGGCUUUCCUAAGGACAUCAGGAACCAAGCUACAAGAAGUGCACUGCAUAUACAUAUACCUUGCACGAUUUUAUUGUUUAUCGAACUUCACA